CCUAGGAUUUUUUGAAGCUGUGGUGGUGGGCUGCAUCGGAGUCGGACAGCCUCACCAUGUCGUGCCACAGCGAAUUUUUUUUCCUUCAUUUUUUCCCCCAAGAAGAACCAUAACAAAGAUAUAUUUGAAAUAUUUCAUUAGCCAGGCUAAUGUUGUACCUCUCAGCUACAGUACAUGUAUGUAAAAUGCGUAGCUGAUUACAGCUACGUUACCCGAUGUACUAAUGCGACUUUUUUUCUCGUGGCAAUAGUACGACUUACAUCUCGUAGUGACUCAGGGUUGGCAACCCAAACUGUUGAAAGAGCCAUAUUUGACCCCCAAAAAAACACAAAAAAAACUGAUACAGUAUGUCUGGAGCCACAAAAAAUUAAAAGCCUUUUACAAGCCUUAUAAUUAUCGAUACUAGCUAUAUUAGCCUACUAUAGAAAUACGUAAUUAGCCUUCAUGAUUAAAUGUUUGUUUUCCCUGCAGUGGAUCCUAUAGAGAAUGACGCACCACGUGACUACUCUGUUGUACUAUGCCACCACAAGUUUAACUUCAUUACAAUAUUAAUGAAUUGAAAGAAUGUUUGUGUCAUGUUUGUCCUCCUAGAAAUCCUAUUAAAACAAAAAAAUAUAUUUCCCUCCCCCAUCUUUUUCCAUUUAAAAAAAAAAAAAAGCUCCGAAGCAUCGCUAAAGAGCCGCAUGCGGCCCGAGAGCCGCGGGUUGCAGACCACCGUCGUAGUCCUCCUUUUUCCUUUUAUUUGACCCUCAUAAGUACUACAUUACCACAACAAUAACAGUCCUUCUGUCAACUGACCCAUUUAGAGCACUGGGGGAAUUCUAAUAGCCGUGUAAAGAGUUUUACUUGAUUCGGUGAGAAGGUGAAUAGUUUUUUCCCCGUUGUUCGUAAACUAAAUUUCCACACAAAGGCACGUCGAGGUACCAUUAACUUAGCAAGGAGAGGUAUGAGAGUCAUUUUUCGAGUGUCCCAGAGCUCGCGAAAUUUGGGUGGGGGGGCGCAUUUAUCAAAGUUUCGUCAGCCGUAAUUGUCUGAAGUUGGCGCGCCGGUGUUGUGCCGAAAAAUAGCCACUCCACGUGAAAUGUCCCCCCUGACGGGAGCGCCCACACGUCACUCGUACAAACAGCCUUUUCUUACCAAUCGAUGGACACAGAAACGACGUUCUUGUACCGUGAAUAUGUAUCAUUUUACUCUGCUUGAACUGAUAAAUCGUUUACUGUGACCAACGCUCUGAAAAUAGAGCAAGGCUUUAUUUUGGGCCCCGCCUCUCCGCAGUCUCUCAGCGCAAGUUAGUCAAAGUUUGCUUUAGACGGCCGUCCACCGCUCACUUUCGCCGAAAAGUCCGAUCCAAAUUAUUGUAAUGCCCCGGAUAUGGGCAAGAAGGAGAGAAGUCUGUAUUUGCUUACCCACUUUAUUGUGGUAACAAUAAUAAAGAAAAACAAUAACAAAAUAACAGCGGGCUGCUACAACAUGCGACCGCUAUCUCUCGCUAUCUCGCUCGUUCUCCCAUUCUUCCUACUCGUUCCCCUUGCGUCUCUUAAGGGGGGGCCUGCAUAGUUACGAACAUUAGGCUACAAUACACAAUGAAUAGGUGUCCGCUGAACUCCUCCCACUCGGCUGCCGCUAGUUUGAAGCGGCCUUAAAAAUUUUUUUUUAUUUAAAUAAAUAAAUAAAAUACAUCUCAUUUGCCAGGCGUGGCGGCUUUCAUUUUAGUGUGGCGGUGCGCCACAAUCUGUUGAAUAUGGGGGAAUCCCUGCCGUUCUCUCUUUGAAAAAGACCAAACAGUGCGAGUGUGAAAACACCCUAAGGAUGGGUUAAUACAUUUUUCCUUUCUUGAUCAUAGGGGUUAGGGAGAAAGCCCAACACGAAUAUUGGAAAUCUCUCUGUUGGAUGUCAACCUGGCUGGCAACGACUGCUUGAUAGCUGGAGACUUGUGUUCAAGCGAUGACACCUGCAGCCCCCGCCUGCGCACGCUACGCCAAUGCGUGGCGGGAAAUGGCAGCAUGAAGCUGGGCCCUGGGGCCAGAAGCCAAUGCGCCAAUGCGGUGUCUGCCCUGCUGUCCAGCCCUUUGCAUGGCUGCCAGUGUAAACGGGGCAUGAAGAAGGAGAAAAACUGUCUGAGCAUCUAUUGGAGCCUUCAUCAGUCAAUCAUUCAUGGACUCAACUUGGUGGAGAGUUAUCCUUAUGAGACUGUGCAGAGGGAUUAUGACUACGUCCGUUUGGCCUCUAUCACAGCAGAUUCUGAUGUUGGCAUGGCAACUGUGAACCGCUGCUUGGAUGCGGCCAAAGCUUGUAACGUGGACGACUUGUGCCAGAAGCUGCGCACAGAAUAUGUCUCGGCUUGCAUCAAACCCACCACAAAAUCAGGCCUGUGCAACAAAAUGAAAUGCAACAAAGCCCUGCGCAGGUUCUUUGACCGUGUCCCUGCCGACCAUACGCAUGAGCUUCUCUUUUGCCCCUGCACGGACACAGCCUGUGCGGAACGUCGCAGGCAGACCAUCGUUCCCAGUUGCUCCUAUGAAAGUGUGGAAAAGCCCAGCUGCAUUACGCAGAGGAGGAUCUGCGAGGCUGACUACGUUUGCAAGUCUCGUCUGGCACAAUUUCACUAUGACUGCGAACCCUCUGAAGUGUCUACUAGUGGUUGCAAGCAAAGAAACUAUGGUGCCUGCCUCCUCGCCUACACAGGACUCAUAGGAAGCACAAUCACACCCAACUACAUCGACAACACCACAUCUAGUGUGGCGCCGUGGUGCUCCUGCUCGGCCAGCGGCAACCAGAGACAAGAAUGCGAAGAUUUUCUGGGCUUCUUCACAGACAACAUCUGUCUGCGGAAUGCCCUCCAGGCAUUUGGAAGCGAAUCUGACCAGCAGCCAACGGCGGGCCAUUCUAACACCCUCAGCCCCGCCCUCCGCGGAAGAGAAAACAGGAGCAGCACUUCCUCGCCGGAAAACACAGUAACCAGGCGGAACAUUCUAGAUACAAAAAUACCCACACAGGCGAUGGGAAACGAACUCCUGGUGGGCCAAGUCACUUUAUCGUCCAAAAGCCUCCCAAAUGCAGCAUCCCUUCAUGGCCUCCUGCCUUCAACUGCUAUCAGCCUUCUGUUGUUUCACUUUUUCAGUAGUGGAUACUAAGGACUUUGGGAGUCUAUUCCCUCUCCUGCCACCAAGUGGAAGGGAGGCAGUUCACAAAUCGUGCAGCUAGUCCCUCCUCCUGCUUUUCUUGUACAGCAGUUCCGUUUCUAUUUUGGUGUAGUUGGAUCCUUAACGGAAGUCGAUGUGUACAGUUGUACAUACAAUAGUUGUUGCUGUUAUGGAGACCUGCCACAAUUGAGCAAGACUGAUUAAGCAACGUCUAUAUAUAUAUAUACUUUGUAUGAUAUGAAGUUGAAGAUAGAAACUAAAGCUCUUAUUGUGAGUCAGUGUUUGAAGAUCUGCUGGAACACAGAGUCCUUUAACAGCACUCUCCUCAAGUGACUGCGAGAGGCCCAUUAUUUCUAAUCAAUACGGAAAAAAAGGGGGAGGGGGACGUCCCGGAGAGACAAUAGAGCAACAUUUUACUCCGACGUGGUCGACAGAUGCCCUGAUUCUUCAGUGUCCUGCAGCAGCGUCCAGCAAAGAGUGCAUAAGACAAAGCUUGACACCACAAUCAUGCUCUCCACCGUCGUUUGUCAAACUCUCACUUUAUUUGUUAGCUCUGGAGCUACAGUAUAAAACAUGCCCUCACUCUUAAAAGGGGAUUAUCAGCCACAUCCCAAAAGACAAUUCCCUAAGACCUCUGGCUGCUAUACAAAAAGUAAUUGUGAGUGUAAUAACCUUCUAGUUCUCAUUGUGUGAGUGGGCACUGCAGGAUUGAGCAAAGAGAAGUGUUAGACUUAUUAUGCUUUGCCAUCAUAAAUACACAUAAAGAGAUUUAACAGAUGUGAAAUGGUUCCAUUCAAGUAUUUUCUGUUCUGGAAACGAAUUUCUGCAAAUAAACUUCUCAAUUCCUCAGUUUUGUGUUCAUCUUAAAGCAAAUCUUUAAUUCAAUGGAACAUGAAAAGACACAAUCAAAACAUGUUGCUGCAGAAAAUAUAAAGUCAGUUAAUUAACAGCUGCCUGUAUUUUAUUAAUUUUUUUUUUUUUUUUUUUAACGUAACACUUAACUCAUGCAGGUGUAAGAAAAGCGUGUCAUUUUAAAUAAGUUAAUUACAAUAGAUUAAGAAGGUGUUUUCAAGGUGUCAUCAAGUCAUUAUUUUUAAUGACUUUAAAAUUAGUAUACAUGGCUGUGAUAUAUGAAAACACAC